AUGGUUGUCAUCAAGCGAUUCCGAACAGUCUGGGGCGUCGAGUCUGGAAAGGACUUUGAGAACUGGAUCCCAUGGUUUCCUGAUCUCAAGAAGCAAGGCUACGCUGGUGUUGAAGUUGAUAUCACAGACCGUGACGCCGACAACCUUCAGCAAUUGCGAAAGAUCUUGGAUGAUGUUGGCCUAGAAGCCACUGUGCUACUACAUACAGCAUGGGCGGGAUACGUUGGAGGUAGGCCUAGAGAUCUCACGCCAGAUGUUCACCUCGAUAUUUACCGGGACAACCUCGAGCGUGCAAAGAUCUUGAAGCCUGUCAAGAUCAACGCCCAAUCCGGAGGGGAUUACUGGAGUCUUGACGAAUCGGUUUAUUUCUACCAGAAGACCCUCGCCAUCGACAAGGAGCUGGGUCUCACGGGCCUCGUCAGCCACGAAACGCAUCGCAAUAGGUCAUUGUUCACGCCGUAUGCUGCCAAGUAUAUCUUACCAAAGAUCCCAGAGCUUCGAGUGACGGCAGACGUUUCUCACUGGGUUGUCGUCUGCGAAAGACUUCUCGACCUUGGUGAGGAAGACAAAGAGAUUCUUGAUCUGCUUAUCCCAAGAGUAACCCAUAUUCAUGCACGUAUUGGCACGACUCAGUCCUCUCAGUGUCCCGAGCCAGAAGAUCCCGUGUUCAAGGAGGAGCGAGACUUCUUCGAGAGGCUCUGGCUGCGUAUUGUCAAGGCGCGAAGCAAGGAUAGUGAUCUUAUCACUUUUGUACCCGAAUAUGGCCCAUAUCCAUAUCACCCUUACGGGAGUGUCAGAACGCAUGGCCAGGUUGCUGAUAGUGAGGGUGCGAGGUUGCAGAAGCUCUUUGAAGAGAGCCUGAAGCAGUAA